AUUCGUUAACGUUAGGUGUCUAGUUUUGCUUAAGUGCAUGAGAACUGAUUAAACUUAGCUACGUGGAUAUCUUAGCUUGGGCUAUCUAGCUGCUUGUAGCUAAAUAACGUUAGUUAUCUAGCUUACUUAGCACAUUAGCUUUACUGACAUGACGCCAAUAACAAAUAUGCUUUGAGCACUUUACCUCGAUUUACUCGACUUUCGUUGACAUUGACGUGUGGUUUAAAAAACGAUACGUUAUGGCACACAAAAGAUGUUAUUUAGCAAAAAUGAUCCUUACCAGUUGCCUUUGCUUCAGGUGCUUCUUGCAGUAGCUGGUGGUGCCAGAGAUAUUAUAAAUGUAUCUCUGCUGAUGGGUCUGGUGAUGAUAGCAAAAAAGGUGUUGACUUUCGUCGCAAGUGUUAGACGUCAUAACUGCGUAGCUGAAGCAUGCCCGCACUACAGUCGCUUUAUCGGCAAACACAGACUGCAAAGCGCUCUGAAAACGUUACUACUUGGUUUUCUGAAAGAUGGCACCGACAGAAGAGUUGGCAUCUGGUGAUGGUGCGCCAGUCUGUGCUGACAACCGCCUGCGCUGGGACCUGACCCCCGAGCAAAUCAAUCAGCUCUCAGAUGAGGUUAUUGCUAAGACCAAAAAGGUAUAUGACUGUGUCGGGGCCCUGGACCUGGCCAGUGUUUCCUAUGAGAACACCCUGAAGGCUCUCGCUGAUGUGGAGGUGGAGUACACAGUUGAGCGCAACAUGCUGGACUUCCCCCAGCAUGUGUCCUCCUCCAAGGACGUGCGCACGGCGAGCACCGACGCCGACAAGAAGCUGUCGGAGUUUGAUGUGGAGAUGAGCAUGAGGGAGGACGUCUACCAGAGGAUCGUGGCACUGGAGCGGAAGGUUGACGAUGACACGCUUACUCAGGAAUCCAAGAGGUACAUGGAGAGGCUGAUCAAGCUGGGUCAAAGGAAUGGCCUCCACCUGCCCAAAGAAACACAGGAUGAAGUCAAGAGGAUCAAGAAGAAGCUGAGCAACCUGUGCAUUGACUUCAACAAGCACCUGAACGAAGACACCACUAGUCUGGCUUUCACCAGAGAGGAGCUAGGCGGUCUCCCUGAGGACUUCCUGAGCUCGCUGGAGAAGGAUGGGGACAAACUGAAAAUCACCCUCAAGUACCCCCACUACUUCCCCACCAUGAAGAAGUGCUUCAUCCCCGAGACCCGCAAGAAGCUGGAGGAGGCCUUCAACUCUCGGUGCAAAGAGAAGAACUCUGUCAUCCUGAAGGAGCUAGUGCAGUUGAGAGCCCAAAAGAGCUCCCUGCUGGGCUUCACUACCCACGCUGACUUUGUCCUGGAGAUGAACAUGGCCAAGUCUGGCAAGAAGGUGGCUGGCUUCCUAGAGGAGCUGGCCCGUAAGCUGAAGCCCUUGGGGGAGGAGGAGCGCCAGGUCAUGCUCGCGCUGAAGAAGGAGGAGUGCCAGAAGAGGGGCCUGCCCUUCAAGGGCGAGUUAUACGCCUGGGACACACGUUACUUCAUGACCCAGGUGGAGGAGACCCAAUACGCGGUGGACCAGAACCAACUGAAGGAGUACUUCCCCAUGGAGGUUGUGACCCGGGGCCUGCUGGACAUCUACCAGGAAUUGCUGAACCUCACCUUUGACCUGGUGGAGGGGGGCGCCCCCGUGUGGCACGACGACGUCACCCUCUACUCCGUCAAGAACCGCACCAUGGGCACGGUGGUGGGCCAGUUCUACCUGGACCUCUUCCCACGAGAGGGCAAGUACGGCCACGCGGCCUGCUUUGGCCUGCAGCCCGGCUGUCUGCUGUCGGACGGGACCCGACAGAUGGCGGUGGCGGCCAUGGUGGCCAACUUCAGCAAGCCCACGGCCGACGCCCCCUCCCUGCUGCAGCACGACGAGGUGGAAACCUACUUCCACGAGUUUGGCCACGUCAUGCACCAGCUCUGCGCUCAGGCGGACUUUGCCAUGUUCAGCGGGACACACGUGGAGCGGGACUUUGUGGAGGCGCCGUCCCAGAUGCUGGAGAACUGGGUGUGGGAGAAGGAGCCCCUGCAGCGCAUGUCCAAACACUACAAGACGGGUGCCCCAAUCCCUGACGACCUGCUGGACAAACUCAUGAAGUCCCGCUUGGCCAACACGGGUCUGUUUAACCUGCGUCAGAUCGUCCUGGCCAAAGUGGACCAGGCCUUACACACCAAGAAUGGGCUGGACCCGGCCGAGGAGUACGCCCGGCUGAGCCAGGAGAUCCUGGGCGUGCCUGCUUCCGCAGGAACCAACAUGCCAGCCACAUUUGGCCACCUGGCAGGUGGUUACGAUGCCCAGUACUACGGUUACCUCUGGAGCGAGGUCUACUCCAUGGACAUGUUCUACGCCCGCUUCAAGCAGGAGGGCAUCAUGAACCCCAAGGUGGGGCUGGGCUACAGAAACUGUAUCCUAAAGCCCGGAGGCUCGGAGGACGCUGAAAUUAUGCUCAAGAACUUCCUAGGGAGGGAGCCAAAGCAAGACGCUUUCCUCCUGAGCAAAGGAUUAACGGUAGAGCUGGAGGCAGACACUCCAUGUGCCUGUUGACCAAUCACAACCAGCUCAGUGUAAACGCCCCCCCCAACCAAUCAUACACUUAGGACACGGGCACAAGGGACAUACAUGUUUUAGAAAAAACAAUGAAAACAAGAAUUGAUGCAUGCAAUUUCACCCUUUUGUGCUGUGUUUUUUUUAGUUUGGAGAUGUUUUAAACUAUUGUAUGCAAGUAAGUUUGAACAAAAUACAUUAACAAAGAAUUGACUUGACCCA